GGUCACGUGGGCGUAGGUGGGCGUAUACGGAAGCAAUAAAGGGCGCGCACUUGCCGGUUUCGGCGAGAGAAGUCUGGGAAGCAAUAUUUUUGUUGCUAUUUUAUCCGUUAAACUGAUUAUAUUAAUGUGAAUUUGGAGCUGAGUAUCAGUUUCCAUACUGUCGCCUCUUGUCCAUGCUAUGCUUGUUGGCCACUUAGGACGCCUGUAUUGCACUUCCGGUUGCAUCAACGGAAAUGGAAUAUGGAAAGACCAUUAUUUUAAAAGUUAUUACAAUUAUUGUUACAAUGAAAAACAUAUAGAAAUGUUUUUGGGUCGUUUUUGCCCCUUAAUGCAUUAUAUGGGUUGAAAUACCCAAAAAAGUCGUAAUUUUUUCAAUCUUGUGUUUUCGCUAUGUGAACUAUUUUGAAGGUACAAACCGGAAACAGCUGUAGACAUUGCAAAGCCUUUUGGCGACCAUAGAGGAAAAGUGAUAUGUAUGCAAUGAAGCAAGCUGACGUAUGCCAGGUACAGUUUGAAAACAGGUGGAUAGUCUGAUCUCAAAGUCCGCCAUUUAAAACCAAGAAGAAGAACCACCACAUCACCGUCCGCCAUUAAAGCACAUCAUAAUAAGAAGAACCUCAUCCAUUAAAGCAAAGAAGAAGCGACAUCGUCCGUCAUUAAAGCAAAGAAGAAGAGAAUGGACGACUGUUGUGAGAGAGAGCCGCUGUUUACAUUCGGUGUGAUAGCUGACAUCCAGUACGCUGACAUCGACGACGGCUUGAAUUUUACGCAGACAAGAAGGCGGUUCUACCGGAACAGCCUUCAGCUGCUCAGAGAAGCCCGGGAGACUUGGUCUCAGUCGGCCACCCGCCCGAACUUCAUUCUCCAGCUGGGAGACAUCAUCGACGGCUUUAACAAGGAUUACGGCGCCUCGAGUGCGGCACUAGAUCGGGUCCUGGAAGAGUUUAACCUCGACUCCAUGGAGGUGCACCAUGUGUGGGGAAACCAUGAGCUUUAUAACUUCACAAGAAGCGAGCUGUUGCAUUCUCGGCUAAACAGCGCUGUCCUUGCCGACAGGAGCUCCAGUGGAACCCGGGCGGGUGGAGACAUCUAUGCCUACAGCUUCAGUCCCUUCCCCGGAUUCACGUUUGUUGUGUUGGACGCGUACGACGUUAGCUUGCUGGGCGUAGAGGAGGACAGUUCGCGGUACCACAGUGCUUUAACUUUAAUAAAACUACACAACAACAACGAGGACCUCAACUGCCCCCCAGUGGAAUUUGACAGCCUGAAGCAGAGGUUCGCAAAGUUCAAUGGCGGCUUCAGUAUGACCCAGCUGGACUGGCUCAAUUGUGUUCUGUCCUCGGCUGACAAGAAACAGGAGAAAGUGUGUAUUGUCAGUCACCUCCCAGUCCACCCGUGCUCCACAACCCCCAUCUGCUUGGCCUGGAACUUCGACGAGCUCCUGUCCAUCAUCCAGCGCCACAGCAGCGUGGUUUGUUUCAUUGCAGGACACGAUCACGACGGUGGAUAUUACUUGGAUGAAAGCACCGGAGUGCACCACUUGACACUGGAGGCGGUCAUCGAGACCCCACCUGGCAACAACGCCUUUGGCACCGUCUCUGUCUAUGAAGACAGGAUGGUCUUGAAAGGGACCGGAAGGAUUCCAGAUGUAGAAGUUUUAUUUCCUUGAUUGCCGCUGAAGAUUUCUCAACAUUUAGCUCAUAUUUUGGAGGAAAUGUUUACUGGUUGCCUUAUAUGAAAAGAAAAAAAUCAAAUAGCCAUGCUGCAUAUCCCGCCUUUAAAGUAUUUGCUCCAUAUUCUCUUCUUUUUAAUCCAGACUCAUGAUGAUUUGAAAUCAUCCAUUGUAAAUAUUCCCCCUACAAUAAGCCACGGGCCGCUCCUUGGACGCCCCUGGUUGAAGUGCUGGGGAUCAGUUGCUUCAGGUUUGAUGACAAGGAUGAUGGAUGUUUUCAGAAAUAGCUUUGUUACACUUUGCACUUACAUUAUUAUUCUGCACUGAAAGCAUAAUGUCAAAUAAAUACUGUAUUAGAAAAACAUUGCACUUCCACUGUCUGAUAAAUUAUGAAUGUACUGUAUACCAGUUUGUCCCUAACCCCUGGAGUGUACUGUAUGUUGGAAGUACCAGGUUCCCUGCUGUGACGUGUGUUUAUGAGCUAUUUAUGGUGACACAAUCAGCUCAAUUCAAACUGACAGUGUGAAAUAUGACAAUAAAUAUAGUUGCAUCUGUGCUUGUGAACAAUCAUUGUGAUGAAGCAAAAUAUACUGCACAAGGGCUAAGGUCAAAUAUUGUAGAAGAGGGAUCUAAAACGUAUCUUUAUAAUAUAUAUAUAUAUAUAUAUAUAUAUAUAUAUAUAUAUAAUAAAGAUACUAUAUAAAUAUUCUUUGUAAUUUAGUUUAAUAUUUGUACACUGUAUUAUAUAUAAUAUACUGUAUAUAUUUUUGUAUAUUUUACUGUAUUUACUUAUUUUAACGUUAUUUUAAUAUUUGUAUCUUUUAUUUUGUUUUUAUUAUUUAUAGAUUUAGAAUAUAUUUAGCUCCACGAGGGUUGCAAAAUGAGUUUGAUGCAGUGCGGUUGCACAUCCCUGCAAAGAUUGUUUGUUAUAUGUCACGGGGUUAGCAGAAUACUUAAUAAAGACAAUCUGUCUAGCAAUUUAAUGUACU